UAGGGGCGUUUCCAGGAAGAGAUCAAUUAACAUUUUCCUGUAAUGGCGGACCAGGCAGAGACCGAUACUGUUGGGUUUAACGACAACAGGAUAAUGCAGCAGGCAGUGCGGUUUCGCAGCCCUGCCCCUGCCGCUGCACCCGCUCAGACCCCGGUGUUACGGGGACCUCCGCCCCUCCUCAGACCACCUCCACCACCGUUUGGAAUGAUGAGGGGACCCCCGCCAAGACCUCCAUUCUCACGUCCACCCUUUGACCCCAACAUGCCACCCAUCCCACCACCAGGAGGCAUGCCGCCACCCAUCGGACCUCCUCACCUCCAGAGACCUCCGUUUCUCCCCCCUCCUAUUGGAAACUUGCCGCCUCCUCCUGGGAUGUUGUUUCCUCCUGGAAUGCCCCCUGUCCCUUCAUCUGGAAACCCCACUCUCAGUCCUGCUGAGGAGAUCUGGGUCGAGAACAAGACACCGGACGGAAAGGCAUAUUACUAUAACGCUCGGACCAGGGAGUCAUCCUGGAGUAAACCAGAAGGUGUGAAGGUCAUCCAGCAGUCUGAACUCAACCCUCUCCUGGUAGCGGGGCCUGCAGCUGCAGGCUCGGGGCCUAGUGUGGGUGUGACUGCAGCUGUCAGCUCCAGCAGCGGGAACACCACGGCCAGCACAGCCGGAGCAGCCUCUCCCACUCAAGCCCCAUCCUCAACCCCAUCCCACACGCUCACCUCCAGUCCUGACCCCAUCACCACCGCUUCCCCCUCUGUGUCCAUUGCAGCCACCGUCGUAGCAGACCACCCUCCUGUUGCCACAGUUACAUCCACUGUUGCUGUGUCGCCGGUCACCGUGGUGACCGUUUCCACGGUGCCGUCACCUGUCACAGCCGUUCAGACCGUGCCACUGCUGCCUGCAGCUUUGCCUCACAGUGUGGCCCAGCCUACUGCAGCCAUACCUGCCUUCCCCCCCGUCAUGGUGCCACCGUUCCGGGUGCCUUUACCCGGCAUGCACAUUCCUCUGCCAGGUGUAGCAAUGGUGCAGAUAGUAGGUGCUCCCUGUGUAAAGGCAGGCCCCAGCGCCAACGGCAUGCUCCCCGGCAUGGGCCCGCCUUUAGUUUCUAUGAUGCACCCCCAGCUGACGCUUUCGGCAGCUCCUGCUUCCAUGGCCGGAUCUUUGCAGCUUCCCGAGUGGACGGAGUACAAAACGGCUGACGGGAAGACGUACUACUACAACAACCGGACGCUGGAAUCCACCUGGGAGAAACCGCAGGCCCUGGUGGAGAAAGAAAAAGAAGCAGAGAGGGCCAAAGAGCGACUGACCCUGGAAGAGGCUGAAGCGAUGGAAAUGGAGGAAGAGGAGCACAAACUGGAAAACUCUAAUAUUGUUAAAGAGGAGCCUAAAGAAGAAGAGAUGACGGAGGAGGAGAAGGCAGCUCAGAAAGCCCGUCCUGUAGCCACCAACCCGAUCCCUGGAACACCCUGGUGUGUGGUGUGGACAGGAGACGACCGGGUUUUCUUCUACAACCCCACCACACGGCUUUCCAUGUGGGAUCGACCCGAAGAGCUGAUUGGUCGAGCCGAUGUGGAUAAACACAUUCAGGAACCGCCGCACAAAAGAGGCUUGGAGGACAGCAAGAAGAUAGGCGUCCUUAAAGAAGAGCCUGAUAUGUUCACCACUGCUGAAGAUAAUCAGGACGAGGAGCCGACCAAAGCCAAAAAGAGAAAGAAGGAGGAGGCGAAGGACACAGAUUCGGAGAAAGACGCAGCGAUGGAGGCAGAGCUCAGAGCUGCCAGAGAAAGAGCUGUAGUGCCUCUAGAGGCCAGGAUGACCCAGUUCAGAGACAUGUUGCUGGAGAGAGCGGUGUCUGCAUUCUCCACCUGGGACAAAGAGCUCCACAAGAUUGUGUUUGACCCACGUUACCUUUUGCUCAAUCCCAAAGAAAGAAAACAGGUGUUUGAUCAGUAUGUGAAGACACGAGCAGAGGAAGAGAGGAAGGAGAAGAAGAACAAGCUGAUGCAGGCCAAAGAUGACUUCAGACGAAUGAUGGAGGACGCCCGGCUCACACCCAAAACAACAUUUAGUGAGUUUGCUAUGAAGCAUGGCAGAGAUCCACGAUUUAAGAGCAUAGAGAAGAUGAAGGACAGAGAGGUCAUCUUCAUCGAAUUCAUGACCGCGCUGAGGAAGAGGGAGAAGGAGGACUCCAAAUCCAGAGGAGAGAAGGUGAAACAAGACUUCUACGACCUCCUGAGCGAGCAGCACAUAGAGGGAAGUCAGCGAUGGAGCAAAGUGAAGGAUAGAGUAGAGACGGAUCCACGGUACAAGGCUGUAGAGAGUUCUGCACUCAGAGAAGAACUUUUUAAGCAGUUCUUGGAAAAACAAGCCAAGAAUGUGGACAUUGACAAGGAGCGAGAGCUGGAGCGGCAGGCUCGUAUCGAAGCCAGCCUCCGGGAGAGGGAGCGGGAGGUCCAGAAGGCCAGAUCGGAACAAACCAAAGAGAUCGACCGAGAAAGGGAGCAGCACAAGAGGGAGGAGGCCAUCCAGAAUUUCAAAGCUCUCAUGUCCGAUAUGGUACGUUCUUCAGAUGCAGCGUGGUCAGAUACUCGCCGCAACCUGCGGAAGGACCACCGCUGGGAGUCUGCCUCCCUUCUGGAGAGAGAGGAGAAGGAGAAGCUGUUUAAUGAACACGUGGAAGCACUGGCCAAGAAGAAGAAGGAGCAGUUCAGACAGCUGCUGGAUGAGACCAUCACGAUCACUUUGACAACUACAUGGAAGGAAGUGAAGAAGGUCAUCAAGGACGACCCGCGAUGUAUUAAAUUUUCCUCCAGUGACCGAAAGAGGCAGCGAGAGUUUGAAGACUACAUCAAGGACAAAUACAUCACCGCCAAGGCCGACUUCAGAACUCUACUAAAGGAGACUAAAUUCAUCACAUACAGGUCAAGAAAGCUGAUCCAGGAGUCAGAGCAGCAUCUGAAAGAUGUGGAGAAGAUCCUUCAGAAUGACAAACGCUAUCUGGUUCUGGACUGUGUCCCAGAGGAACGCAGGAAGCUCAUCAUGUUCUACAUUGAAGAUUUGGACCGCCGUGGCCCGCCGCCUCCACCCACUGCCUCAGAGCCAACCCGACGCUCUACAAAGUGACCAACCUCAACAACUUCAUGGCCAAUGCCCCUCCCUGCCCUCCCUUUGGUCAGAGCAUGAUGUCUCCUCAGCACCCCCUGAACCCCAGCCUCCAGGCUGGCUUUACAGUGUUACUGCUGAGGGUUCACUUGGUUAGAGAUGAACGGUUAAGGUCUCUGUCAUGUCACCUUUUAGCCCUUCUUUUCAAGAAACGGCAGACAAGAGGUUUACCUGGUGGCCCAUGACCUUUGACACAUAUUAGAGGGAGGCAAAGUGAUGAGGCUGUUGUUUGAACAGUCACACAGAUGUAAGAUAGCUGAUGUAAAUGAAGAUGUGUGGGUGUGUAUGGUGCACGCACGUUUAAAUAUGUGCAUUUGUUAAAGGCGUCCUUAAAGCCUUACAGCUCCACUGUGCCAGUCACUGUUUCUGAUGGCUCAGUGUGAAUGUUAGUUUCUGCUCAGUGGUUUAUUCCAGCGUCGCUGCAGUUUUUCUGUUGAAUGAAAUAAAAGCAUCUUCCACUGUUUUUCAA